AUGGUUACUCCAGAGGACUGCUACAGGUUAUUGUGGAUUCCUGUAGCAAGUGCAUUAUUGCCAUUUGAGAAAAGUAAGGAGGGUGGGACUGAGGCACUAUGGUAUGGGUGCUGGGAGCACAUUCCAGCAGCGAGGCCACUAGUGGAUAGAGAUAGGCUUGCUGAGCGGGCAUAUGCAUAUGGUUACAGGAGUCUAGUUGUCCAAUCGCAUGCGGUGGCCAAGAUAUCAUAUCCUGAGGAGAUGCAGCCUGCCUUUGAUGAUGACAAGGAUGAGGCAGCAGCAGACAUCAGGCUUUUGGAUAAUUUUGCUGAAGUGGCUCUUUCAUCAUCAAAAUUUUUAAUGCUUUUCCCUCAGUUCCUAUGGGAGAGCUCAUCCACCGUAGCUUUUAUGACAUUUCUAAAGAAAUAUGGACCAACUGCAUCCUUGAAAAUGGGUUCUGUUACUGUAAUUGUGAUUUCUUCUCCUGAGAUGGUGAAAGAACUUUUGAAAAGUAAAGAUCUAAUCUUUGCGGGCCGACCUGCAACUGCUGCAGCAAAGUACUUAUUCUAUGACUUCAAGGACGUGGGAUUCACUCCAUACGGGCCUUGUUGGAGACAGAUGAAGACACUCUUCAUGGUGGAAUUGUUGAAUGCCAAAAGAAUCGAGUCCAUGAGAUCAAUGCGAGAGGAAGCGGUGUCUCUGGCCGUCCGAUCAGUGUGGGAGAAGAGCUGCCACGGAACAGUUGCCGUCAAUCUUAACCAGAUAAUCGCAUCCCUUGUAAGUUCGCAAAUACUGAGAAUCCUUUAUGGCACCGCAUCUGACGAUCAGGGUAUUGAUAGCAAUGGCGAGAAAAUUAAGGAAUUGUUAUUAGAGGCCUCAAUGACUGUGGGAGUAUUCAACAUUGGAGACUUUACUGGCUUGACUGGCUCGAUUUGCAAGGUGUCAAGCGACGACGACUGA